AACACAGUCAAACACACACACUCUCUCUCUCUCUUGUGGAAGAAAAUCAAAAUGUCUCUUCUCUUCACCACCGCCUCUUCACUCUUCACCAAAACCCCUAACCCCAAUAUUCAUAGAAAUAAUAAUAAUAAACCAUCACCUCUUCCUCUUCUCUCUUUCACAAAGCCUAAAAGUAAAACCCAUUUCCUCCAAGUCACCCCCUCCUCUCUCUCCGACUCCGACCCCACUCCCAAACCCCGGGUCUCCGACGAGAAGGGCGAGCCAUCCGACUCCGAAACCGAACCGGAAUCCGAACCGGAACCCGAGUCCCCUCCGGACCCACCUAAGAGCGAAGACGAGCGGGGCCCAGACGACGCUACUCCAAAACCAAAUGCUUCUUCUUCUUCUUCUUCUUCUGUUACAGAGGUAAAAGAAGAAGAGGUAGACAAGUAUGCUACCAUCGAUGAAGGUAACAACGCUGCCUCUACGGCCAAGCCUGACGUGUCUCCCGAGGAAGAUAAGCUUGCGGAGCUGAAGCGCUGCUUGGUUGAUACUUUUUACGGGACCGAAUUCGGGUUCCGGGCCAGCCCGGAGGUUCGGGCCGAAGUCUCUGAGCUUGUCAAUCAGUUGGAGGCCGCUAACCCGACUCCGGCCCCGACCCAGUCCACUGAACUUCUUCAAGGCAACUGGGUUUUGCUGUACACUGCAUUUUCUGAGCUUUUGCCACUUCUGGCAUUAGGCGCAACACCUUUGUUAAAAGUGAAGGAGAUUCGCCAAGUAAUUGACACUGGCAAUCUUACCAUUGUGAACUCUACUACGUUAUCUGGCCCAUUUGCUACUCUCUCUUUCAGUGCAACUGCAACUUUUGAGGUUCAAAGUCCUACAAGAAUAAAGGUUGCAUUUAAGGAAGGUACCUUUCAGCCUCCAGAGAUAAAGACCAGUAUUGAUCUCCCAGAAAAUGUGGAUGUUUUUGGGCAGCAAAUCAAUCUGUUGCCUGUGCAGCAAACUCUCAGUCCACUGCAGGACACAGUGGCAAGUAUAUCACGAGUCAUUUCUGGUCAGCCACCUCUUAAGGUUCCCAUUCCAGGUGACCGGACUAGUUCUUGGCUUCUUGUUACAUACCUUGAUGAUGAUCUUCGAAUCUCAAGGGGAGAUGGUGGUCUUUUUGUGCUCGCCAAAGAAGGGAGUCCCCUUCUUGAUUAGUAGCAAGAUACAUGUUGCGAUGAGUUAUUUAUGAAAAGAAUAUACCUACCUACACCUUUUCCCCCCAUUGUUCACCUUUGCUUGAAUAGAAGGGGGAAAACAGUUAUAUUGUUGCCCUUCUUUAUAUCUAUGGUGGGGUCUUUUUAAAAAAAAUGGUAAAGAUUGCUUUCCCCCUAGUUAUUGUGUUCCUUUUCGGUUGCUAAGAGGAUGAAGCAGAAGAAAUAGGAACCAUUGCAAUCUUACACGGCUUCUAGAUCCCAACAUUUGACAUUUCUGUCAUCUAGGAGUGCGCUUGGUGAAUACUGCUAUUAACAAUGUCUGUCUAAUUUUGGUGUUGAUCUGUCAUCCUGUCAAAUCUAAGUAUCUAAAAUUAUAGGCAAAAAUACUACUUCGGUCAUUUCCAUUUUAGAGUUGCAGUCAA